AAUUGACUACUGAAACAACACCGACAGAAACUACCAUCCCAGAAUCAGCAGCAACCACCCCAUUGUCAACCACAGUUCCACCAGCUACCACCACAUAUACAACCACAACAGUUCCUCCAGUCGUUGCAAUGACUUCUGCACAGCCUUGGACAGCUCCAGCAAUAUUCUAUCCAUUCGGCUCGGCUGUAGGAGACACUGAGCAAAUAGUUACUAUAGAUGAAAGCUUAUAUUUUGUUGGUCUAUCAACUUCAUUUACUUUCUUUGGCCACAGAUACACCAACUUAUACCUUAUGCAUACUGGCCUCCUUACAUUCACAAUAACGUCAGUGGCAACAUCAGGACCUAACUAUACUCCCAUAAGAGGAAAUGAUGAUUUCAUUGCUGCGCUCUGGAGUGACAUUGAUGACUAUUACGGUGGCGUUUUCUCACAUCAGGAGUACACUAAUGGAAGUGUGCUCGACCGCGCCACUCAGGAUAUAAACCAGCAUUUCUCUACAACAAACUUCAGUGCUUCUUGGGUCUUUGUUGUCACUUGGAAGUAUGGUUCUCAGCCAAACCCGGCAAUCCUGUUUCAAGCGGUUUUAAUUUCAGGUAGUGGUGAAUCUUUCUUUCUGUUGAAUUAUGGUGACUGUGCUGUGUUAUUUGAAGCAGUUGAGGCUGGAUUUGACACAAUAAACUCCAUAAGCAACUUUGUAAUUCCUGAUUCAAUUAAUGGCAACUAUCAAAAUCUCAAGAGCACGACUAAUGUAAAUGUUCCCGGUCGCUGGGCCUUCAACGCAACCAGCGGAUCAGUAUACAGCACACCAAACACCACAGUUACACCAGCAACCACCACAUUGUCAACCACAGAUCCACCAGCAAACACCACACUGAGCACCAGCACAGUUACACCAGCUACCACCACAUUUACAACCACCACAGUUCCUCCAGUUGUUGCGAUGACUUCUGCACAGCCGUGGACGGCUCCAGCGAUAUUCUAUCCAUUCGGCUCGGCUGUAGGAGACACUGAAUACAUUGUUAAUUACGAUGAAAGCUCAUAUUAUGUUGCUCUUUCAACCCCAUUUACGUUCUUUGGCCACACAUACAACAGCUUAUAUGUUAUUUAUAAUGGACUCCUGACAUUUACAAUAACAUCAACAUCAGGACCUGCCUAUAGUCCUCUCAGAGGAAAUGAAGAUUACAUUGCUGCGCUCUGGAAUGACUUUGAUGAUUAUUACACUGGCUUGAUUUCAUAUCAGCAGUACACUAAUGGAAGUGUGCUCGACCGCGCCACUCAGCAUAUAAACCAAUAUUUCUCUCCAACAAACUUUAGUGCCUCCUGGGUCUUUGUUGCCACCUGGAGAUACAAUUUUCAGCCAAAUCCGCAAAUCCUGUUCCAAGUGGUUUUAAUCUCAGGUGGUGGUGAAUCUUUCUUUCUGUUGAAUUAUGGUGACUGUGCUUCGUUAAAUGAAGUAACAGAGGCCGGAUUCAACACAAUCAACUCCAUAAGCAGCUUUGUAAUUCCUGAUUCAAUUAAUGGCAACUACCGAAACCUCAAGAACACGACUAAUGUAAAUGUUCCCGGUCGCUGGGCCUUCAACGCAACCAGUGGAUCAGUAUACAGCACACCAAACACCACAGUUACACCAGCUACCACCACAUUGACAACCACCACAGUUCCUCCAGUUGUUGCGAUGAGUUCUGCACAGCCGUGGACAGCUCCAGAGAUAUUCUAUCCAUUCGGCUCGGCUGUAGGAGACGCUGAAUAUUCUGAAACUGGUUCUGAAAACCACUUUUCUGUUGCUCUUUCAACCCCAUUUACGUUCUUUGGCCACACAUACAACAGCUUAUAUGUCAUUUAUAAUGGACUCCUGACAUUCACAAUAACAUCAACAUCAGGCCCUUACUAUAGUCCCUUCAGAGGAAGUGAAGAUUACAUUGCUGCACUCUGGAAUGACUUUGAUGAUUAUUACACUGGCUUGAUUUCAUAUCAGCAGUACACUAAUGGAAGUGUGCUCGACCGCGCCACUCAGGAUAUAAACCAGUAUUUCUCUCCAGUGAACUUCCAGGCUUCUUGGGUUUUUGUUGCCACCUGGAGAUACAAUCUACAGCCAAAUCCACAAAUCCUGUUUCAAGUGGUUUUAAUUUCAGGCGGUGGUGGCUCUUUCUUUCUGAUGAAUUAUGGUGACUGUGCUGUGUUAUAUGAAGUAACAGAGGCCGGAUUCAACACAAUAAACUCCAUAAGCAGCUUUGUAAUUCCUGAUUCAAUUAAUGGCAACUACCGAAACCUCAAGAACACGACUAAUGUAAAUGCUCCCGGUCGCUGGGCCUUCAACGCAACCAGCGGAUCAGUAUACAGCACACCAAACACCACAGUUACAUCAGCAACCACCACAUUGUCAACCACAGUUCCACCAGCUACCACCACAUUUACAACCACAACAGUUCCUCCAGUUGUUGCGAUGAGUUCUGCACAGCCGUGGACAGCUCCAGAGAUAUUCUAUCCAUUCGGCUCGGCUGUAGGAGACGCUGAAUAUUCUGAAACUGGUUCUGAAAACCACUUUUCUGUUGCUCUUUCAACCCCAUUUACGUUCUUUGGCCACACAUACAACAGCUUAUAUGUCAUUUAUAAUGGACUCCUGACAUUCACAAUAACAUCAACAUCAGGCCCUUACUAUAGUCCCUUCAGAGGAAGUGAAGAUUACAUUGCUGCACUCUGGAAUGACUUUGAUGAUUAUUACACUGGCUUGAUUUCAUAUCAGCAGUACACUAAUGGAAGUGUGCUCGACCGCGCCACUCAGGAUAUAAACCAGUAUUUCUCUCCAGUGAACUUCCAGGCUUCUUGGGUUUUUGUUGCCACCUGGAGAUACAAUCUACAGCCAAAUCCACAAAUCCUGUUUCAAGUGGUUUUAAUUUCAGGCGGUGGUGGCUCUUUCUUUCUGAUGAAUUAUGGUGACUGUGCUGUGUUAUAUGAAGUAACAGAGGCCGGAUUCAACACAAUAAACUCCAUAAGCAGCUUUGUAAUUCCUGAUUCAAUUAAUGGCAACUACCGAAACCUCAAGAACACGACUAAUGUAAAUGCUCCCGGUCGCUGGGCCUUCAACGCAACCAGCGGAUCAGUAUACAGCACACCAAACACCACAGUUACAUCAGCAACCACCACAUUGUCAACCACAGUUCCACCAGACAAUGCCAUGUUCCAAACCACCACAGUUCCACCAGACAAUGCCAUGUUCCAAACCACCACAGUUCCACCAGACAAUGCCAUGUUCCAAACCACCACAGUUCCACCAGACAAUGCCAUAAUGCCCACCACAUUUCCACCAGUUGGUCCGACAUCUUCUGCACAGCCGUGGACAGCUCCAGAGAUAUUCUAUCCAUUCGGCGCGGCUGUAGGAGACACUGAAUAUUUUGAAUAUGGUUCUGAAAGCUUACGACAUGUUGCUUUUUCAACUCCAUUUACGUUCUUUGGCCACACGUACAACAGCGUAUAUGUUAUUUAUAAUGGACUUCUUACAUUCACAUUAUCACCAAGCUUAAAUUAUGAAUUCAAUGUCUUUGGAGAAACUGAUGAUUUCAUUGCUGCGCUCUGGAGUGACAUUGAUGACUUUUACAGUGGCGUUUUCUCACAUCAGGAGUACACUAAUGGAAGUGUGCUCGACCGCGCCACUCAGGAUAUAAACCAAUAUUUCUCUCCAACAAACUUCAAUGCUUCCUGGGUCUUUGUUGUCACUUGGAAGUAUGGUUCUCAGGCAAACCCGCAAAUCCUCUUCCAAGCGGUUUUAAUUUCAGGAGAUGGUGGCUCUUUUUUUCUGAUGAAUUAUGGUGACUGUGCUGUCUUAAAUGCACCAGUUAGGGCUGGAUACGAAACAAUAAACUCCAUAAGCAGCUUUGUAAUUCCUGAUUCAAUUAAUGGCAACUACCAAAACCUCAAGAACACGACUAAUGUAAAUGUUCCCGGUCGCUGGGCCUUCAACGCAACCAGCGGAUCAGAAAACACCUCAUUGCCAACAACCACAGUUCCACCAGAAACCACCACAUUGCCAACCACCACAGUCCCACCAGUCGUUGAAACAACUUCUGCACAGCCAUGGACAGCACCUGCAAUAUUCUAUCCAUUCGGCUCGGCUGUAGGAGACACUGAACUUUACGUUAAUUACGAUAUAAACCAAUAUCUUGUUAAUCUUUCGUCUCCAUUUGCGUUCUUUGGCCGCACAUACAACAGCUUAUAUGUUCUUUAUAAUGGACUCCUUGCAUUCACGCUAUCUCCAGAGAUAAUGCCUGAUGCUAACCCCUUCAUAGGAACUGAUGAUUUUAUUGCUCCACUCUGGAAUGACUAUGAUGACUAUUACCUUGGCACGAUUUCAUUUCAGCAGUACACAAAUUUAAAUAUGCUUGUCCGCGCCAGUCAGGAUGUAAACCAAUAUUUCUCUGCAACAAACUUCCAGGCUUCCUGGGUUUUUGUUGUCACUUGGAAUUAUGGUUCUCAGCCAAUCCCGCAAAUCCUGUUCCAAGCGGUUUUAAUUUCAGGCAGUGGUGGCUCUUUCUUUCUGUUCAAUUAUGGUGACUGUGCUGUCUUAUAUGAAGGAACGGAGGCUGGAUACGACACAAAAAGCUCUACAUACAAGUUUGUGAUACCUGAUUCAAUUUAUAACUACCAAAACCUCAAGAGCACAACUAAUGUAGGUGUUCCCGGUCGCUGGGCCUUCAACGCAUAUGCAGCUCCUGCAAUAUUCUAUCCAUUCGGCUCAGCUGUAGGAGACACUGAACAUCCUGGCUAUGACGGCUCUUAUCUUGUUGGUCUUUCAAACCCAUUUACAUUCUUUGGUCACACAUACAACAGCUUAUAUGUUUUUUAUAAUGGACUACUAACAUUCACAUCGUCGCCAGCAUUAAUACCUGACUCUAAUCCCUUUGGAGGAACAGAUGAUUUAAUUUCUGGAAUCUUUAAUGACUAUGAUGAAUAUUACAAUGGCUUUUACUCGUAUCAAGAGUACACAAGUGGAAGUGUGCUCGACCGCGCCACUCAGGAUAUAAACCAAAAUUUCUUUGCAGCAAACAUCCAAGCUUCCUGGGUCUUUGUAGCCACUUGGAGGUACAAUCUACAGCCAAAUCCGACAAUUCUGUCCCAAGUGGUUCUAAUUUCAGGUGGUAAUUGGACUUUCUUUCUGAUGAAUUUUGGAGACUGUGAUGUGGUGCUUUAUGAGCAAGUAAAGGCUGGAUAUGACACAAUAAACUCUGUGAACAAAUUUGUAAUUCCUGAUUCAGAUACUAACUACCAAAACCUUAAGACGACCACUAAUGUAGGCGUUCCCGGUCGCUGGGCCUUCAUCUCAAACAAAGGAUAUGAAAAUGUCAUAGGAACUCAAUUUAAAAUCACAUCGUUUUUAGACCUGACACAGAGUGAUAACCUGGAGGCUGUUCUACAGCAAAUAAAACAAGAACUGGUCAAUCAUGGGAUGUCAGGAAGCUUUUCUCUGGUUUUACACCAUCUUCUGGUGUUUGCAUCAGUCCUGGCUCUGCUCAUUUCUUUCUCUUUAACAGUCAGAGCGCAAACAACAACAGACACUACAACAACAUCAAUAAUAGGAUCCACUACGAAGGAAAAUACAUCACAAGUCACCGAAGUUCAACCAGACACCACCAGAUCAGCCACUACACUGAUGACCACGUCAGUCAAUACAACAACAGCAACUGCAUGGGCAGCCCCAGAGAUAUUCUAUCAAUUCGGCUCAUCAGUGGGAGACGUUGAACAACUUGAAUUUGACAAUGACUCCUUUCAAUAUGUGGAUUUCUCUGCUCCAUUUACAUACUUUGGCCGCAAGUACAACAGCAUAUAUGUUAAUUACAAUGGACUCCUUACAUUCAACCAGUCUUUAACAGAAUCUCACCCUGUACCCUUUCCCACGUAUGGAAAUGAGGAUUACAUUGCUACUCUCUGGACUGACCUUGAUGACAUUGGUAUUGGCAAAUAUUGGUAUCAGGAGUACACAAAUGGAAGUGUGCUCGACCGCGCCACUCGGGAUAUAAACCAUUAUUACCCAAACAGGGGCUUCGCUGCUUCUUGGGUCUUUGUUGUCACGUGGGACUAUGUGCUUACAUGGGAUAUGGAUGCAUAUUAUCGUCAUUCAGACCCAGCAAUCACAUUUCAAGUGGUUUUGAUUUCAGGAGGUGGUUUUUCUUUCAUUCUGAUGAAUUACGGUGACUGCGCAGCGAUAACUUAUCCAGUGGAGGCUGGAUAUGAUACCAUAAACUCCACUGACUACUAUGUUAUUUAUUAUCAUUCUAAUGGCUCCUCCAUCACAAACCUCAAAAACACGACUAAUGUAAAUGUUCCUGGCCGUUGGGCUUUUCUUGUGAACAAUGGGACAGAAAACGUCAUAGGACUUCAAAUGAAACUUAGCUCAUUUUUAGACCUAACACAGACUCAAAACAUGGAGGGUGUUUUACAGCUAAUUAAUCAAGAGCUGGUCUGCCAUGGAGUGCCAAGUUACUUUAAGCUGAAGUUAAGAAAGGUCACAAAGCUAAAGCCGUAACACAUUAAAACGCUGAAUGCUGUUGCCUUUAUUAGUGUAGCGACUGAUAAAAGAGAAGAAUGUCACAACACGGGAAUGGAAAUCGUGUGAUUUUCCUUGUUUCUUUUUCUCACACAUGUGACAUAAUCAUUGAAACCUGAUUCUGAUUAAAUAAAAUGAUAUAUGAGAACGAAUCAA